CGGCCACGCUAGUGAAACAGCAAAAAAAUCAAGAUGGCUCACCGGUCACGACGGGAUUAUUGAAUUAUUUUAUGUUUUGUGUACACAAAUACACAACUAAUCGAUUUUUUGCCAGAUUCUGGACAAACCACUUUCACAGACGACAUAAGAGUGCAAAAAGCCGAUAAUUUCAACGACUACGACGGCAUGUUAUUGGGCUUAAACGAGCUGACGACAACACGACGCCUUUUGUUUAUUGUGGCUGUUUUGGUGAUUGUACUAUAUGCAAAAAUCCAUAUAUUGCCCGUUCUGGAGUGGUAUUGGACAGCGAUUAGCUUAUAGCCGUUAUAAAGAUGACGGACCGACGCGUUUCAUACUUUUACAAUGCCGAUGUCGGCAAUUUUCACUAUGGUGCCGGGCAUCCGAUGAAGCCACAACGUUUGGCGGUCACCCACAGUCUGGUUAUGAACUACGAGCUGCACAAAAAGAUGAAGAUCUACCGUCCAUACAAAGCUAGUGCACAGGACAUGCUUCGAUUCCAUAGUGAUGAAUAUAUCGCCUAUCUACAGCAAGUAACUCCACAAAAUAUUCAAUGUAAUUCCGUUGCCUAUACUAAGUAUUUGGCACACUUUAGCGUUGGUGAGGAUUGUCCCGUAUUUGAUGGUCUCUUCGAUUUCUGCGCCAUGUACACAGGUGCUUCGCUUGAGGGUGCACAGAAGUUGAAUCACAAUCACAGCGAUAUCUGCAUUAAUUGGUCGGGAGGCUUGCAUCAUGCCAAGAAGUUUGAAGCCUCCGGCUUUUGUUAUGUCAACGACAUUGUCAUUGGCAUCUUGGAGCUACUCAAAUAUCAUCCCCGCGUGCUUUACAUUGACAUUGAUGUACAUCAUGGCGACGGCGUGCAGGAGGCAUUCUAUUUAACGGAUCGCGUGAUGACUGCAUCGUUUCACAAAUACGGCAACUAUUUCUUUCCCGGGACCGGUGAUAUGUACGAGCUGGGUGCGGAAUCUGGUCGUUACUACAGCGUCAACGUGCCACUCAAGGAGGGCAUUGAUGAUCAGAGCUACUUCCAGGUUUUUAAGCCCAUCAUCUCAGCUAUUAUGGACUUCUAUCGGCCAACGGCAAUUGUCUUACAAUGUGGUGCAGAUUCAUUGGCUGGCGAUCGUCUGGGUUGUUUUUCGCUUAGCACUCGCGGUCAUGGUGAAUGCGUCAAGUUCGUCAAAGAACUGAAUGUGCCUACUUUGGUUGUGGGCGGCGGUGGUUACACUUUGCGCAAUGUGGCGCGCUGCUGGACACAUGAAACUUCGCUGCUGGUGGAUCAGGAGAUAGCCAACGAUUUGCCGCCAACGGAAUAUUACGAUUUCUUUGCGCCCGACUUUACGUUGCAUCCCGAUGUCAAUUCGCGGCAGGAUAAUGCGAAUUCCAAGCAGUAUUUGGAGUUAAUUGUCAAGCAUGUUUAUGAGAAUCUGAAAAUGUGCCAGCACUCGCCCAGUGUGCAAAUGGUGCAAACGCCGCCCGACGUCGAUAUGGAGGAGCUGCGCAUGAGGGAAGAAACGGAUCCCGAUGUGCGUAUGUCACAAGCGGAUGAGGACAAGCUAGUCGAAGCGAAAAAUGAGUUUUACGAUGGUGAUCAAGAUCAGGACAAGCCCGAUUCGGUAGAAAGCUAAGAACACUAUUUAGAUUUAAGCACACUAUGCAGCAAAAUAAGAAAAUAGAUGCGCCACAAUUUGGCUUUAAAUUAGA